UGCUGUCCACCUCAUGCAGCUGGUGCCCUUUUCACUUUGUUCACCCCCCCUGGCCCCUCAGACGGCUUGAGUCUGCCACUGGUUGUAGCUCUUGUGAAGUCAGGAAUUUUCUAGAUGGGACAGCACAGGUGCUAUUUCUGGCCCCAGCAGACCCCCAACAGGCCUUUCACAUUCACACAAACCUACAGGAGCAGCGGAGGAAGAAAGAGUGGACAACCAUUGAGUGACAUUCAUUUACAAAAUGACAGAAGCUCAGCGAGCUGGUCAAGAGACCAAAGGUAAACCUAUGACCUUUCAGUCUCCGAAGCAGAUGUUUGAGAAGAUGGAGGAAUCUUUCAAAAUAUGUGCACAUUGUGAGAAGCGACCAAAUCAGCUUCCAAACCCACAGAGUCUUAAGCGUUGUGCAAGAUGUCUAAAUGUUUACUACUGUUGUAAGGAAUGUCAGAAAGAAGACUGGAGCAAACACAAGAAGUUCUGCCCGCAGCUGCGUCUAGCUGCCAUUGACAGAGUUGUGGAAUGGCUUUUGUUCAAAGAAGACCUUCCGUUCCCUACAGAAAAAUGGUCAAAGCCCCAGUCGGAGGUCAAAGGCUGGGACGACUGGCUCCUGAUGCAGGGGGAUCUCACAGCUCGCCUCGAUCCCAUUUUAAAUGGGGCAAACAUGAAGGACUUGUGGGCCAACGCUGGCAGGCCUAGACCUGAUGAUGAGGACCUGAAGCAGUCCAUCUGGAGGGUUUGCAGCGAGUUCUUCUCUAGGCCGAUGACUAUAGCCUGGGGGAUGAGACUGUUUGGCCUUAAGCCCGAUUCCAAACCACUCACCAUUCACCUGGUGGGAGCAGGUCAAAGUGAGACACUGGGAGCCAGACUGACGGACUAUGAUGAGCUGAACAAGAUGUUCCCCGGACACCAGGGUAUUGAGAUAGUCAUGGUGGGACCAGAGGUGUUGGACGGCCCCAUCAUGAGGCCUCCUCUCAGUGCGCUUGGGCCCAGACAAAGGGUCUUCCUCAGUGCCUACAAGGGCCUCUAUCACGAGUUCUGGGAGGAUGUGGUGGAGAAAGAGGAAGCAGCCAAACCAGACCUGGUCGUUGGCUUUCAUCCUGGAUUUGAUGCCAGUCAGGGUCUGGAAGAGGGCUGGCUUCCAACACUUCUGCUCCUCAGGGAUUACGAGAUCCCUUCUCUUUUCACUGCUCUCAAUGAGGCAGAGAUGACCUACUCCCUGCAGAUCCUGUUGGAGUUGGAGAUGGACUUGCAGGGAAGUGGAGCCAACCCCUUUGCGUCUCUGAAGCCAGAAGUGGUUGGCACGUGUCUCAACAAGACUCCCGUCUACUGCAACUCCCACUACUUCUGUUUUCAUGGUCUAAAGGAGACUGUGGAGUUUGAAGAAUCGGAUGAGGCGUGAAGGAGCUGAGUUUUGUGGACUAUGAAGCAUUGUUUGAAUUCUUGUGUUUUUAAUGACAUCAUGUAAUAAUGUUUUUAAAAUAGCGUCUAAGUCCUUAUGUAUGUUGAUGAUGCAGGACAGACAAAGAUGCACGGCUGUGUAUUACUGUCAUGGGGUAUUUUGAUAACAAUGCAUUUGCAUUAACUAUCUCAGUUUCACAUUUGAAUAUACUGUCUUUGAAUUCUUGCUGUGCUUAGCAGGAGACUGCAUUAUCCACUCUGGCAUUUUAAUUUGACAAGAAAUGCACCAAAAAUAAAAAGGCAUGU